GACAGCUGAAACGUGUGUUACGUUCAGUCAUCAGAGCUCUGCCUAAAUAUAAAGCAGCUUUUGGUCUGGACAGCUCUUCAUCCAGCUCUUCUAGACACAGGGUGACCAGAUACACAGAGAAAAGGAAAGAGACAUUUCUCUUUGACAGCCCACUGAGGCAGCAGCAAUGCAUCAGCUAGUGUACAUUACAGUGGUUCUAGCCUCCUUUGGAUUCUCCGUCAAAGGAGACAGAUCCUAUAAGUCCAAACAUACUGUAAGUAAUGGCGGACCCUGGGGCACAUGGGGCGACCGAGAAAUGUGUCCCAACGGCUACUACGCUGCAGGUUUCAGUCUGAAGGUUGAACACCCCAUAGACGGGGACGACACUGCACUUAAUGGAAUUCGUCUCCACUGCGUCAACACACCCACAGGCAAAUCAUUGUUUUCAGAUGUCAUCAUGGUAACGUCUAAAGUAGGGAGCUGGGGUACGUGGACAAAGACGAAAUGGUGUCCAUCCGGGAUGCUGAUGAGUUUUCAACUCCGUGUUGAAGGUCCCCAAGGAGAUGGUGAUGAUACGGCUGCAAGCAACAUAAUGUUCGAGUGCAGUAGAGAUGUCAGAAAUCUUGUUGGUGAGGGCACGUCCUGGGGUGAAUGGGGUGGCUGGAGUAAGUACUGCAGAGGAAAGGGGUUCUGUGGCAUCGAGACAAAAGUAGAGGGACCACAAGGGUCAGGAGACGACACGGCUCUCAACGACGUUAGAUUCCUCUGCUGCGAUUAAAGCACCAGCUGUCACUUGGUCUAGAAUGAUGUGUAUCAAGACGAAAACAAAAUGGAUCAUCUGUCUGCCUUUCUUUUAUCUCCAAAUGUUAAGUGCUCUUGAGAAUUUGUCUAAAUAAACACUUGAAAAAUGUAUCAA